AUGGCUACGAAUGGCGCACGAAAGGCAACUUCAGCCACAGAAUCUGGAGGCAACUCCAGCCUACUGGACACAAGCGCAGUAAAAGACAUAGUCAAAUCGGAGAAAGCCAGGAUCAAGUUGAAGAUCAAGAAGCCGGUACCGAAGCCGUCGAUAUCUGGGAACUGGAAGGAAAGCGACGCGACCAACGUCGAGAACAAAGCCCCCGCUCCGUCGACUACCUCGCCUGUGAUCAAUCCUCUGGACGAGAAAACGAUUGCCGGCUUCCCCAGCGGCCGACCCCUAGACGAUAAAGUGGACACAGUACAAUGUAAACACUGUCGCCGACCCGUACUUCGCGCAUCUUCUGCGGCGCAUAUUCGUGAAUGCCUGAACAAGAAGCAGGAGAAGCUGAAGAAGAAGAAGGAGGCAAAGGAAGCCAAAGACGCAGCUCUGCGGAAAGAGAAGGGCGAAGAUGACGAGGGCGGUAAGUCGCGCAAGUCAGCGAUCAAGGGUGCCUCGAUAGAUGGCGAUGGCGCAAAGAAGGGCAAAAAGCGGAAACUUGAUGGAGACGCAGAGAAGGCGCCGAACGCCAAGAAGAAGAAGAAGGACGAACCCAAGCAGAAGGGAGCAAAGCCCAAAGGCCCAGUCGAUGUUGAGAGGCAGUGCGGUGUCUCCCUACCAAACGGCGGAUACUGCGCAAGAAGUCUGACUUGCAAGAGCCAUAGCAUGGGUCUGAAGAGGGCCGUUCCAGGACGAAGUCUACCGUACGACAUGUUGCUGGCGCAAUAUCAGAAGAAGAACCAGGCUAAGAUUCAACGGUCUCUCAUCGAUGCUAACGCGCCCCUUCCCGAAGAUCUCGAGCCCUCAGGCGCUGUUGAUUCCGACGAAGAGAAAGACUCUAUAAUGGCUGCCCUCUCUCGACAUCGGCCACGACCCAUGGCAACAUACACGCAUACAUCACAACGCUCGAAAUACCAAUACAUCCGCAUGAAAGGCAUGAUCCGCUCAGCACUUGGCGCACCGCCAGGCGGAGGCGGGUCCAUGUUCUCGGGUGGUGACAAUAUGAGUACUGGACGAGGGAUGGCACUCGGUAUGAUGGGCGCGCCAUUGAGUGCAACCAACGAGCACUUUCCGCAAAGCGCUGGAUUCGGCGCCCCGCUGAGCGCUGGUCUGGAUGGUGGAGCAGGGAGCAGGAGGCCAAGUGCUAUCGGUACAGGCGGACCUCGACAGAUACUCCCCGGACAACUACCCGGACCUGGCCAACAGCGGAAGGGCAGUAUGGCGAGUGUUAGCGCUACCUAG